AUGAUAGCAUCGCCGACGGCAUGUGAAUCAAAGAAUUAUCUAUUAUUAGUUAUCAAUUCCAAAGUGGAACAUGCUGGACGCCGCUUAGCGAUACGACAAUCGUGGGGAGAUGCCAAAAAUAUUGACCAUUUCAAUGAAAAGGCAAAAACAACCAAAGCUGCUCCACCACUAAAAUGGAAAUUAGUCUUUAUCGUUGGUCGUUCCAACACCGCUGAUAUCAAUAAGAAGACAGAAGCAGAAGCCAAGCAAUAUGGUGAUUUAAUUAUUGGAGAUUUUACCGAUUCAAUGAAAUCGUUAACUUUGAAAACAGUCAUGGCGAUGCAAUGGGCUAAACAUUUUUGCUCUCCUGCAAUUUAUUAUAAAGGUGACGAUGAUGUCUUUGUCAAUCCUUAUUUACUUUAUCAGAUCGCUGAAGGUUAUGUUCGCAAUAACAUUAAGAAAGAAUGGAUAUGCCGUGCUCAUAUCCAUCCUAUAAGCCGUAGGCCUGUACGUAAUAAAAGGCAUCGCUAUUACGUACCUUAUAGUAAAUAUCGUCAAAAGUUAUUUCCUUAUUUUUGCUCUGGUUUUGCCUAUGUUAUGACGGGUGAUGCUUUAAGCAGCAUGGUCAGUGUUGUCAAGACGACUCCAAUCAUCGAUUCAGUAGACGAUGCUUUUGUUGGCAUAUUAGCUGAUAAAGUUAAAAUAAAACCAAAGCACGAUAAAAGAUUUAAAGUAUAUGAUCGCUACGAUCGUCGCCCCAAUAGAUUUAAUAGGCCUAAUGUUGAAAUUGAACUAAUGCGGAAGACACUCGCUGAGCAUGGUAUUUACUAUCUAAAAAUGAAAACCUAUAUGGCCAACACUAACAAGGCUAUGCUGGUAAAAUGA